AUGUCGGGUUGCGCGAUGGAAGAUGAAGCGACUGACGUAUUCGCGCCGCCGACCAUCAAUGUUGAUGUGUCAGUCAAGCUGGUGGUGCACAGCGGGCCGUUAGGGCUAGCGGCCCGGAGUAUCAUGGACGCUCGUGUGGAUGGCGGCAGGGGGUUUGAAGCAACAAAAUUGGAGCCAGCAAACCCUUCCAUGUAUUACUUUGCUGUGUACCUCACGCCAGCCGCAUACAAGAACUGGUGCGAUGUUGACAUUCUUGGCGGAGUUGAAGCGAUGUUGAUUUGCGAGAACACUGCACAGUGUGCUUGGGGUGGAUGGUUGUGUGGCAAGGAGGCGGGAGUGCUCUGGCGCAACUUAUGCGGGAAGUUGGAGGGCCAAGGCGCUCAUGCUGACUUCGCGGCAUGGAUCGAACACAGUCUGGCAAAGGGCAGGGCUGAUGCCGCUACCCGAAGCAUAUCGAGCCAAGCGGAGACAUGGGACGCCGCGCCAGCAAGCACCGCGCCAGUUACGCCAAGCAUUGGAACCUAUCCGUUCAAGUCUGGAUUGUGCACAGUUGUCCAUCAUCCUUCAACACUUGGAAGAUGUUGCCCUUUGCUGCAACCCUCCUUUCUUUGCGUGGAUCUAGAAUUGAACGUUGUGUUGGGAUAUGGAGUGUGCAGUCCCCUCACUUGGCUCGGUGACUGA